GUGUCACUUUCCGCUUUUACUGUCCCGGCUUGCAAACAGGCGCCGGAUGAGAAGAAGAACUGUGAAAUGUGGGAAAAGUUGUGAGUUGUAAACGACCAGGAGCGACCGUCGGUUCUGGAUUAACGCGGGUGUCGAUUAACAGAAGCUGGAGUCGUGAAGAUAGAGCGGAAAAUGCUAACCAGUUAGCCCGGUUUCGCCGCUAGCUGGCUAAGGAAGUUAGCCAGUUAGCUAGCAAGCCGCGUCAGCUCGCCGGAGGCUGCGCUCUUGUUUCGCGCAUUUCCAACCUGUUUUCACGUCUAUGUAACAAUUAAACUGGCGCUUUAACAAAACCGGAAAAACUAUAAUUGGUAACGGUUUAAGUCAUAGAAUAGGGAAACGUCUUAAAUUGGCGUUUAAAAUGAGGAGUCAGCGGAGUGUCUCGUGGGCGGCUGCUGUUCUUUUGUUUUGACAAAGGAAGAGGAACACAGAUUUAAAAAAACAAAACGUCAGGUGGUGGUAAAAGUUUUUGGCAACUCGUUUUUUGGGGGGUGGUUAUCGUGUUUUUUAUGUUGUGACAAUGGCUCCACAUAAGCAGAGCUGCUCCGGUGGAAGUAACCACCCGGUGGGUUGUGUUCCUGGAGCAAAGACUAAUGGGUUUCAGCAGCAGCAGCAGCAACAACAGCAGCAGCAGCAGUCCUCGUCUUCUUCGUCCUCGUCUUCAUCUGCGGUGGCUCCAGCCAAGAAGCCAAACAUGCAGCUCAUUCAAGCCGACCACGAGCUGUUCCUGCAGGCCUUCGAGAAACCAACUCAAAUCUACAGGUUUCUCCGCACGAGGAACUUAAUCACCCCUAUAUUCUUGCACAGGACACUCACCUACAUGUCCCACAGAAACUCAAGGAAUAACACCAAAAGGAAAAGCUCCAAGGUCAACGAUCUGCUGUUUAAAGUGGAAAAGACGAGGAGCGAGCAGGAGACUAACAGCUUGGCCUCCACUCUGCAGCUCACCUUUACCGGUUUCUUCCACAAAGCUGGGAAGCCGUCUCAGGACUGUGAGAAUGAGCAGAACUCUGUGUCUCUGGAGGUGCUGCUGGUCAAAGUGUGCCACAAGAAGAGGAAGGAUGUGAGCUGUCCGGUGAAGCAGAUUCCCGCGGGGAAGAAGCAGGUUCCUCUGAAUCCGGACUCAAGCGCAGGAGUCCAGGCCAAGCCAGGGUCCGUGCCCUCGCUGCUGAUCCCCAGUGGCGAGUUCGAACCCAGCAACUCUCACAUGGUCAAGUCUUACUCGCUGCUGUUCAGAGUGUCGCAGCCCGGAUACCCAAGGACACAAAUCAACGGCCUGACCAACGGAGAGAGUCACCUCCACAGAGAUUUCACGGAGGAAGUGGUGAACAGGAAGAGGAGGAGCUCCUCUCUCAGGGAAGAGGAAGAGGAGGAAGCCACAUUUGUGGCUCAGAUGACAGUCUUUGAUAAAAACAGACGUCUGCAGUUGUUGGACGGAGAAUACGAGGUGUCUAUGCAAGAGAUGGACGAGUGUCCCGUCAGCAAGAAGAGGGCGACCUGGGAAACCAUCCUGGACGGAAAGCGUCUUCCUCCAUUCGAGAGUUUCUCCCAGGGUCCCACGCUGCAGUUCACCUUGCGCUGGACCAACGACUCCUGCGAUCACCCCACUGCGCCCGUGGCUAAACCUCUGGCCACGCGUAACUCCGAGACCAACCACGACACCAGACCCAGCAGCCUGAGAGCCACGCAAACACUGGCGCUCAAAGAAACCGUCAACGUUGACGUGCAAACCAGAAGAGAACAAAUCUCAGCUGAGCCCAGACAGAAACUACGCAUCUUCUACCAGUUCCAGUACAACAACAACUCUCGGCAGCAGACGGAGGCCAGAGACGACCUCCACUGUCCCUGGUGUACGCUGAACUGCAGGAAGCUCUACAGUCUGCUCAAACACCUCAAACUGUCACACUCCAGGUUCAUCUUUAACUAUGUGCCUCAUCCCAAAGGUGCAAAGGUCGAGGUGUCGAUCAACGAUAGCUACGAUGGCUCGUAUGCAGGAAACCCUCAGGACGUCCACAACCAGCCGGGCUUCGCCUUCAGCCGGAACGGCCCCGUCAAGAGAACUGCCGUCACCCACAUCCUCGUCUGCAGACCAAAGAGGAUGAAGCCGAGUCUGUCCGAGUUUCUGGAGCCAGAGGACAGCGAACGUGAGCAGCAGAGGACGUACAUCAGCGGACACAACCGCCUCUACUUCCGCAGUGACAGCUGCGUGCCACUGCGGUCGCAGGAGUUGGAGGUGGACAGCGAGGACGAGAAGGACCCCGACUGGCUGAAAGAGAAAACUGUCAAGCAAAUCGAGGAGUUCACAGACGUCAACGAAGGCGAGAAGGAGAUCAUGAAGCUGUGGAACCUGCACGCCAUGAAGCACGGCUUCAUCGCUGACAACCAGAUGAACGAGGCCUGUCUUCAGUUCGCCGAACACUACGGCGCUCACAUCGUCAAACACGACCUGUGCCGCAACUUCCUGCUGCACCUGGUCAGCAUGCACGACUUCAACCUGGUCAGCACGCUGACCAUCGACCAGGCCAUGGCACGACUCCGCCUCCUCCAGAAACAGGCUGUGCUUAGGGCCGCAGACGGGGAGGAGCAGGAGGAAGAUGAGGAAGAGGAAGAGGAGGACUGGGAGACAGCUGUGGAGUCCCAGCCGGAGCUGGAUCCCGAUCCUGAACCGUGUGAGUAUAAACCCUGUAGUGAGAUGAGAAAUAACCGCCUGGAAAGCGGAGACGGCCACCACUGCCAGCUGCAGCAGCAGCAGCAGCAGCAGCAGCAGGAAGAGGAGGAAGAAGAAGUAGAGGAAGAGGAGGAGGAGGAGGAGCUGUGACAGAAUGGACGUUUCAGUCAGAGCCACAAAGAUCCCAAACAAACAGAAUCAAAAACACACAACGGUCACUGCAGGGUCAGAAACAAGACGAACUUUUCAUCACAAAAGUCGUUCCCACGUUUGAAACCGAAAACAAGCUUCGGCUUCAGAUGACUUGUGAAAGCGAGGACCUGAGGAAACUGUGAAGUGGAGCUCAGGCCUCAGUCUGGAAUGGGAAUUUGUCGACAAAUUUCAUGAAGAAGCCGAUUUGUUGUUUUUUUUCAAUUGACAGUUUUUCAUCAAACAGAAGGAACUAUUUUCUACAGUGGAUUCACAAAACCUUUGUUACUGUCGUAAUCAUUUAAACCAGCAGGGCGUGUGUGUGUGUCUGUGUCUGUGUGGCUGAGCAUGCACUGUUGUAACUAUGACACCUUUUCAUUCCACCACUCAAGAAUAUUGAAAGUCAUAAUUUCCAGGUUUGAGAAACAACAUUUUAUGAUCCAAACUACUUUUCAAGGAAAAAAAAUAAUUCUAAUUUGGUCUGAAAUGCAGAUGCUGUUGCACCAAAGCUUUGCCUAAAAAUAAAAAUGAUGUCACAAGUCGAAUCACAUUUGCGAUAUCUGGCAGGAGAAUUCAAGCCGAAAUCUGUUACUGUUGAGACGGAGAUGAACACAUGAAUUCCGUGAGUAAAAUCGCUUUACACUUCGAGUUUUUCUUACGUUGUUGGUUUGUUUUUUAGCUUUUAGUUUGUUUUUCAGAAAAAAAGAAACAAAAACGUAAAAACACGUUGGUCAGGAUAUCGCCUGAUGCCAGAAGAUCAGAAGAACUAAGUUGUGACUUUCUAGCUCCACCAAAGGUGUGUGUGUGUGUGUGUGUGUGCGUGUGCGUGUGCGUGUGUGUGUGUGUGUGUGUCUCACAUCAGACAUCAACUCUGGGUCCAAAAAACGUCCCGUCACUGUCGCGGUUUAUCCCACGUCCAGUCUGACGCAGUUUCAACUGUUUGGGGAAGAGGAGGCAGGUACUGUCUGAACGGUUUCACAUUUAAAGGGAUAGUUUUAGUUUUUUAGUGCUGUGUGAGAUGCUGACACUUCAAAAUAACCUGAACUGUCCCUUUAAACCUUCAAACCAGGUGCUACUUCCUAAAACUGCUGCUUUUUGUAAUACCAACCUUCAAGUUCAUCUAUUCAUUUACAUUGUCAUCACCAAUGUGUCUGAGGCCACACCUCCAUUGGAGGCGGAGCCUGAAACGGCACCAAUAUAAACUGGAGCGGGUUUGGUUUAUUUUCCAUUGUCACCUGUUGUUGGGUUUUUUUUGUAUAUAAAUCGUUGUGAAACUUUAUGUAAUAAAUUAGCUUUAAAAUUUGGUCGUUUGGAAACCUGAACAUCCACAAGGAUUUUUUUUUUUUUAUUUUAAAGACAGAAGGAGACAGAUUUGCUGCAGAUUCCUCUGAAAAAUAUUCCUUCCUCGUUUUGUUUGACUAUGGGCAAACAAUACAUUUGUGAAAUAAAAAAAAAAGUGAGAAUUUUGCGAAAAAGCUGACCAAUAGUCAAGACUAAACCAAUACUGAUGACCAUAAUAUCUAUUUGCGUUCCAUUUACAUCAGAGUGACUUCACCUGUGACUGCGUUAUUGUGAUUGUUAUGGUUUUAUAAGAAUGUAACGGUGUGUUUAUGCAGACGAUGUGACAACGCCAUGGUAACGAACGUUUUUCAUCACCUAUUUAUGACAAACGUAACAUAACAGCAGUUGUCAAUGUGGGACGAUAUAAAAAGGUCACAUGAUUAUUUUUGACCGAAUCAAAUGAGUCAGGAAUUUAUAAGAAAAAAAAAUCGGCUUUAAACUUAAUAUUCAAAAAUGGGUCAAAUCUUUUUUCUUACAUGCGUACAAAUGUUUGAAAAUUUUCUUUAAAUCUUUUCGACGCCAAGGGGUAAAUGUUACAAAAAAACCUCUCUCACGUUACCAAGAAAAAAAUAAAAUACUGUUAUGUUGCAAAAACUUAUUAGUGUCAUAAAAAACUUGAACUUCCUAUCUGAAACUGACGGGAACCUUUUGUCGGAACUGUACCUUGACAAUGUUUCUGUAUAUGCUAGCAUCUCCUGAAAGUUUACAGAGUUAACAGAAUUGCGAAUUAUAACAUUUUUCCGAUAAUUGUAAAAAAGAAACUUUCAACUUAAGGUUUUGUAAACGUAAACUGACGGAAACCUUCUGUCCGAAUUCUACCUUGACUUGUUCUUAUUCAAAAGCUUUGAGACGGGGUUCGCAAAUUAAAUGAAUAUUCGUCCAUGUUCAAAAUCUUCGGAAAGUUUUACACAUUACACGGGAACCAAUUCACAGUGUUAUCGCAAUAACCAAUGCCUUGAAAGUUAUAUUCAUAAAACCAAAAACUGAGUCCGAACACCUUAAUUUGGUUUAAAUCUGAAACGUCGAGAGCUGGUGCCCCCUUGCGGCGCUUAAAUAUAAAUAGUUAGGGCUGUACGUUGGCAAGCUCAACAGCAUUUUCCAGUUUCUCACAUUAAAAUAUAACGAUUGAUUAUUCCACCGAUAGAAAUUGACCGCAAUCAAGGUUUUACUGCGAUGAAAUCGUACUGUUCUUCUACUACGAUUCCGGGAGUUGUAUGAGACUUUGUUCAUGACGCUGACUCUACGCCAGGUUUGGCUUCACAUGUGACUUCACCUGUUUGCUACGUGCACUUUUGUCCUUUUUUCGUUCACGAAUGCUGUUGUUUGUUUCUGGUUUUAAGUUGUUAUUUUUUGCUCGAGACCAGCAGCAGUUUUUUUGCACAAGACGAGAGGAGCCAUGUUGGGAGAAACGCGACUUUAAUUCAUCAGUAAUGUAAAACCACCUGACCUGGUUUUUGUAAUAAAACAAACACUUUUGUAUCACG